AUGGGAUUUAGGGGUUGGAGAAGAGUGGUCAUCAACGAAAAAACGCUAGUCAACCGGGCCGAAAUGUCGUCGAGUGAUAUUCGAUGGAUGCGGAUUGAACCGCACGGAAUACGAGAAAUGGGCCAGGGUGCGCUCCACAUUUCGAAAACAUCAAAUCGCAAAGUCACAAGCACAAAUGCAGCUCAGCAAUCAAACCUGCACUUUGAUGCCCUAGAAACCUCACAUGGCCGACAAAGGAUUGGUGAAUCUUCGAUUAAAAGGAAACAGCGAUCGAAGAAAACAUUAGAUAGAACACAAUAUUCAACCCUUGGUUAUAGAAAGUACUAUCGGCGAACAGUAGAAAUAGAAAACUCUUCCUCUAUCCACUAUCUUGGAGAAAUUCCACACGUGGGGAAGAUAUGGUGA